AUGGUUAAGCAGUUUGUAGGAAACUGGACUCUGGCCUCCAGUGAGAACUUUGAUGAAUACAUGAAGGCAAUUGUUGUGGGCUUCGCCACUCGACAAAUGGGCAACAUGGCAAAGCCGAACCUAGUGAUCAGCGUGGAAGAUUCUGGCGUGAUUUCAUUGAAGUCUGUGCCCACUUUCAAGACCACAGAGAUCAAGUUUAAGCUGAACGAGGAGUUUGAAGAGACCAUCGCGGACAAUUCUGCUCCCAUCACAGCACCUAAACAGCCCUCCUCAAAAUCACCAACAACGUCCUCCUAUCUGCAGACUGGCCAUCUCAAUAUCCUCAUCCUUCUGGACCUCACCGAUGCUUUUGACUCCAUAAACAACACCAUCCUCCUCUCCUGCCUGGAAUCCCAACUCGACAUAACUGGCACCGCCCUCUCCUGGUUAUAA